AUGUUCUCUUCUUCCUCAUCCUCCGACCAGCUCUGCUAUCUCCACUGCAACAUUUGCGACACCAUACUCGUGGUGAGUGUUCCUGAGUUGAGCUUGUUCAAGUCUGUGAGUGUCCGAUGCGGGCAUUGCUGCAGUCUCUUGCCAGUGGCGGCCACUCCAGAAAAGAGACAGAGAGUGCCUUCUGCCUACAACCGUUUCAUCAAAGAAGAAAUCCAGCGGAUCAAAGCAGGAAAUCCGGGUAUAUGCCAUAGGGACGCUUUCAGUGCCGCUGCCAAAAACUGGGCCCACUUUCCACACAUUCACUUUGGGGUAAUGCCAGAUCACAUACCCAACCAAGCCACGCUGUCCGUCCGUCGCCAGGAAGAAGAAGAUCGUUCUAUUAUGUUGAUCAAAGACGGUGGCUACUUUGCAUCACAAAACCUCUGUUUCUCUCCGUAUUAG